AUGGUAGAUGUUAAAGGCAUGGUGAGCGAUGGCCAGCGUUUUGAGGGUCAUUCCAAGUCCCGGGCGGCCGCCCACAACCAGUUGACAGGCACUGCCCAAGCAGGAGGCGAAGGCAUCAGGGCAGGAGACACCAGAGAAGGUGUCACCAGCAUAGGUGGCAGCACAGCAGGUGGUAAUGUUGCAGUAGGCACCAGGGUGGGAGGCACUGGGGCUGCAGGAGCCAGAGGAGGGAGUACCAGAGCAGGUGGCACUGAAGAAGGAAACACUGGGGCAGGAGUGCUGGGACAGGAGGUGCUGGGCCUAGAAGCACCAGGAGUUGCCAGAGGAGGUACCACUAGAGCACGCAGCACCAGAGCAGGAGGCAUCUGGGCAGGAGGUGCUGGGGUAGGAGGUGGUGAGGCAGAAGGCACUGGGGCAGAAGGCGCUGGGGCAGAAGUCAUCAGGACAGCUGGCCCGAAAGGUCGUGCUGCCAGAUCAGGUGAUGCCGGACCUGGUGGCACUGGGGCAAGGGGUGCUGAGGCAGGAGGCACCAAGACAGCAGGCACUAGAGGAUGUGGCGCCAGAGUAAGUGGCACUGGGGUAGGAGGUGCUGGGCAGAAUGCAAAGAGGCAGGAGGCACUGAUAAAGGAGGUGCUGGGGCAGGAGACAUCUAGGCAGGAGGUGCCGGGGCAGGUGGUCUCAGAUAUGGUGAUGCCAGAGCCAGCAGUGUCCGUGGGGCAGGAGAUAGGGGAGUCUGUGGCACAGGAAUUGGCAGAGACCUUGAUACAGGACCCAGUGCAGCCGUGGCAUAGAUGGUGGUUGGGCUCUUGGCGCAGUAUCCGGUGGACCCAGAGCAGAAGGUGCCAGGGCAAGGUCAGAGGAGGCAGUGCUGGAGGCAAGUGGGUGAGUGGCAGUGGAGCCAGAGGCUGA